AUGUCGACCGAGAAGGACGUCUCGCAGACGACCGAAAUCAUUGAAAAUGCCCCUCAGAUUCAAGAGCGCGAGAGACAGCGGGCAGCCGAGUUCGAGGCUCCCAUGCAACAUCUCCAGGAGCUGAACGAGGCUGAGCAUAUCAACCUGAGUUGGCGAUCAUGGCUUGUCGUCUUUGUCACCUGUUUUGCCAUCAUGGCUCAGGUCUUUGUCGUCGUGGCAGCCGGAUCAGUCAUUGCCUUCAUCAUCCGUGAUCUGGGCGAUGCGCCAAUUGCGGGCUGGAUCAUCCAGGGGCCACUGCUCAUGCAGAGCGUGCUGUCUCCCAUUGUUGGUCGUCUCAGUGACGUUCUGGACCGAAAAUGGCUGGCCUCGAUCCCACCACUAAUCGCUUUUGGUGGUGCGGUCAUGUCGGCCAAGGCAACCUCGAUGUCCAUGCUCAUUGGAGGUGGGAUUCUCAUCGGUGUGACGUUGAGCACAAUUUCCAUCGUCCAAGCCAUUCCCAGCGAGGUCCUGCCGCUCAAGUACAGAGCCCUCGCCAAUGGAUUUGCCUUCCUCGGAGGCGCAGUGGGUGGACUUGUUGGAACUCUCGGCUCAGGCGGUGUCACCAACCAAAGCCCGUCGGGCUGGCGAGACAUCUUCUGGAUGCAAGCGGCCUUCCACGCCGCUACCUUUAUCGGCCUUGUCCUUUUCUACCAUCCUACUCGACGGUCCGACUACCCUAAGAUGUCGUUGAAACAAUACAUCUGGGCCAUCGACCCCAUCGGAUCAUUUGUGUUCAUCGUGGCUUGCACAUUGCUUCUGCUGGCUUUGGACUGGGCAGGCGGUGCCUACUCAUGGUCUGACGUCCAUGUUGCCGCUCCGCUGGGCAUUGGCCUCGGAUUCUUGGCUAUAUUUUGCGUCUAUGAAUGGAAAGGCCGAGACGAUGGAAUUGUGGCCCACGUGUUCUUCAAAGGCUCGCCCAAUUUCGCCCUCUCUGUAUUUGCUUUUGCGGUUGAGGGGUGGAUCUUCUACAGCGCUGUCAACAGUGUCACCCCUCAGAUCGUCCUCAAUCUCGGAUUUCAAACCAACGCAUGGAAGAUCUCCCUCCGACAGUUGUCUUACAACCUUGUGACCUUAUUCGCAUCCAUCCCGAUAACACUGUACGCAACCAAGUACAAGGAUCUGAAGUCUCCCUUGAUCGUGACAUUCAUUGUUUUCCUCGUGGUCUGCAUCUGCUAUACCGUCAUCACACCGAACAUGAACCAUGCUCAAAUUGGCUUCAAUGUUCUGUCUGGUUUCGGACAGUCCGGUCCCUUGACACUCAUCGUUGCCUUGAUUCAAUUCACCGCACCCCACGCAUUUCUCUCCACUGCCACUGGUCUUGGGUUUUCCGCCCGCGCCAUCGGAGGAGCCUUUGGCUCGGCGGUUCUCGAUGCCAUCAUCAACGGCAAACUCAAAUCCUAUCCGACCAAAGUCGGCAAUGCCGCGGUCGCAGCCGGCUUGCCCAAGUCAUCUGUGCCUGAUCUGGUAACGGCCCUCUAUGCCGGCACUGGUCUCUCUGCAGUCCCGGGUAUGAACGCGACUAUUCAAGCAAAGACCCUGGAUGCCAGCCAUUUGGCGUAUGCUCACGCCUAUAGACUUGCCUGGGCGAGUAUCAUCCCCUUCGUUGUCCUUGCCUUGGUUGGUAUUUGGUUCCUCAAGGGGGUGAAAGAAUUGAUGACGGAGAAGGUCGAGGCCACCGUGGAACAUGUACACACUGAAGAAAAGAUCAUGGCUUGA